AAAUGAUUGGGCGAAAAGAGUGGUACUUUUUCACCUCAAGAAAUCGGAAGUACCCCAAUGGUAAUCGACCAAAUCGAGCCGUAGGGAGUGCCGAACCCGGGGUUGUGAAUGGCUACUGGAAGGCAACCGGGUCUGAUAGAGAAAUCAAAUAUGGAUCAAGCAUCAUAGGGUUCAAAAAGACUUUAGUGUUCUAUGAAGGAAAACCACCAAAAGGCUCCAAGACCAAGUGGAUCAUGCAGGAAUUUAGAGUCAAUGAUGCCCAACCUGGUGGAACAAGCACACUCAAGGGAGUCGAUGGUGACAACAUGAAGGGAAAUCAAGACCUUACCUUCGAUUAAGGUGCCUGACAGCCCACCCACUGAAUUACCAGUCGACUAUGCUAUGUUUGAAGGCUUUGGGUUUGGGGUUUCUAAGAGCAUGGCUUGGAAGGUUGUCAUGCUCUGGCAUUUUAAAGAUUGUACUUACGAAGGCAAACAUAGUUAUGAAUUCGUAAUGGUUUGCAGCCAAGAUGGUGAUGGUUCAUGGAGCUGGAGGCAAAUUGAUGCUCUGCCAAAUGUGCCUGUGGUUUCUCGUGAGGACUUUUAUUGCAAGGGGAAGUACUAUUGGCGGGUAGAAGUAUAUGAGUACCUGGAUUCAGAACCACCUUUCUCUCAAGACCGGUUGCUAUGGUUUGACUUGGAGGAUGAAGUGUUUGGAACGAUCGGGUUGCCAACCAGAUGGGAAGAUAUUUCCUUUACAGUGAUGAAUGAGAAUAUUGCUAUGAUUAGUCGAUGUCCUCCUGAGAAUAGCAAUUGCAUUGAGAUAUGGUUAAUGAGUGAAACCGCUGAUUGUGUCGAUUGGCAUAAAAAGUGGAGCGUAGAAUGUUGUCCAAGCACAGUCAGGCAUGAGUAUUGGAAUCCAGUAGGAUGUGGGACGUGGGAUGAAUCCUGGUCGCCUAUUGGAAUUAUUAAUCAGGGCGGUGGACGUUUUCAUUUGAUAGCAUAUCCGUAUAUUAUCAAUUAUCGAAGGGAGGGUGACAUGGGCAGAAGUUAUGGUUAUCCCGAUGAAGAAAACUAUAUACCGUAUUUAGUAUCAGUUGAUAUGGAAACUCAAGAAAUGAAGAUUAUUUAUUUAACAAGAAAAAGGAAGUGUGUUGAACUUAUUUCAAAUUCGACGGGGUACACUCAAGUUUACAAGGAAAGCAAUAUUCAUAUAACUCAAGAAUGGAAGGAUUUUAAGGUCCGUCCGUGUUACGGUGCGUAUGCUAGAAUAUACAAUCGAAGUCUGAAACUCGUAUAGAAAACACAUCCAAGUGAAUAGAUGUGUCGUUUUACUUGUGCAAAUAGAUUCUGGUUCAGUGCCUUCUUCAUGUGUUAUAUUAUUAUGUAUUGCACUAAAGGAAUGUUAUGUCAUUAUGUGUACUACUUGGGAUGAUGGCAUGCUCGUACAACUUGUUGAUGGGAGUGUCUGAACAUUACUUCUAUGUAUUGUUGAUGAGGCUAUUGUUUUCAGAUAAUUUCCUUAACUGUUAGUACAAGUGAAUUUAAACAUCCAUAUUG